AUGAAAUCUUUUUAUGAUGGCCACACAAGCAAAACACCAUCCAUUCCUUCAUCAUUCCGUCUCUCUUCCAAUAACAAUGAUGAUAAUGAAGAGGAACAACAACAACUUGGCACUCCACCCGCUACUACUACAACAACGCGCCGAGCAUUUAGGCCCAUGAUUUCUUUGUUGCGUAGCACAAUAGGAAACACCUCUUCAUCCACCAUUCAUAACAAGUCAGGAAAUGAAAAUUUCGGAAAUCUUCAUCAUCAUCAACAAUCUUCACCAACAGACCACGAUCGUUUGAAACACAACAAGAUGGACACGACUUCUCCCACUACAAAUCUACGACGACAACAUUUUGAAAGCUCUCCAAAGAGAAACCGUUCCAUUGCGGCCAGUCCCAUUCACAAAACAGGCCAAGUGAUGGCUAGCCCAAUUUCCGUUCAUUCUAACUCUCCCUUCACACCAUUGCCAUCUCCUCCUAGAUCCAUAACAGGAGAUGCCUCUUCCACAUCAAAUCUGUCAGAUGCUGCAUGUUGUUCUACAUUUACUUGGAAACCAACCAUUCCAAAUAACCAAAUGGUUGCUUCGUCUGACCAUGGUAGGAAUAUUUGCACGCCCUUAUCAUCAUUGUCCUCAACAAGUUAUCUGCAACCCUCUGAGACAAACAACCUCAUAUCACCACCUCAGCAGCAACAACAACACCUUGUCAUUCAUCACGGCGACAAUCAUGCCUCUUCCUCCAAUCAUGGCCAUACCAUUGUGGCCUUUCUAUUCAUGUACAGCUCUAAAAAUUCACUUCAAACUUUUGAAAGAGCCUUUCCAUUGUGGCAGGGGAGAACCUUGAUCUCAAGAAAAAGCCCUGAAUAUUUCGAAAAAUUAAUCCCUAGAAGGAACGAUCGACUUCCACUUUAUGAUCAUUGUAUUUGUAUCAAUAAUCUUUCUAUUUCAAAAAUUCAUGCACUAAUUGAAAUAUCGGAUGGUGACUUUUCAUUUCUUGAAGAUUUAAAUUCUAGAAAUAGGACUUUCAUUGUUGAAAAGUCAGAAAAAAAGAAACGCCAUAUUAAUAUUCAAUCGAGAAAGCUCUACCAAUUGAGAGAUGAUAAUUUUGUUCUUUUGGGAAAUAUUAUUUGUAAAUUCAAGUUAUGUACAGAGAUGGACGAGACUCUGAUGCAACUCGCCGUUGCUUCAUACAAGAAACAUCGAAAUGAGUUUAUCAGAAAAUCUCCAAGUCAUCACUUCCAACAAACACCUCAAUCAUCUCCAAAUGUCAAAUCUAAAUUAUUGAUGGGUCCACCAUCUACUACUUUUACUUCUCCCAGUAAGAAAAGUUUAUUUGCCAAGCAACUAAGUGGCUCCACUACAAAUUCCACUGCAACUUCAACACCUCGUUCUGAAACCAGGAAAACUUCUGAGAUACUGGUGCUGGCAACACCUGAAAUGAAAUGUGCCUCCUCAUCUAACAAACACAACAUGCAAGACACAACAUGCAGUGAUGAUAUUUCCAAUUUAAAUAACAUCAGUGAAAACAACAGCGCGAAAAAUGUGAGUCGCAAUGUGAGACAUUUCAUUCCUCCAACCGAUUUCAUCCUCAAGAACAAGUCAAAAAGCACCACAACAGACGAAAAAGAACCAACGACAUGCCAAAAAGUACUAGUUUUUGAGACGCCCGCUAAAUUACUGGAAAAUUCGACCAAGUCAACUACUGCCACCAUUUUUCAAACACCCACAAGCUCCACUUCCAAUGACACUCCUCAGAGACAACAUUUGCUCACCACCGUUGCCAUCCAGAAUUCUUCUUCUUUGUGCAAAUUAUCCAAUGAUCACAAGUGCAACCAUGGCAAUACACACGAGGAGGAUGACCUCGAUUUGGAAUUGGACGAUAUUGAUCUUUCCUUCUUAUCAAACCAAGAACCACAAGAACCUACCCAUCAAAAACAACUAGAGAACCCAGAACCCUCAACCUCUACCUUUAAUAUCAGUAACUGUUCACAGUUUGAUGAUAUCGACGAUUUUGAGGAGGAUGAUCAAGAAGAAGAAUCACAAGCAUUUCCAUUACCAAACAAUCACAAGUUAAUCCAUGACAAUACACACAAUAAUGCAAAUAAGCGUACCAAUGAGGAGGAACCAACUUGGCAAAACGAUCAAUAUGAUGAAGAACCUUCCAAUGCAAGAAGCAACUCGAACAAGAAACAGAAAAAGUAUAAAAAGAGUGAUCAUCAACAUCCUCAUAUACUCUUUACAGGAAUCCAACCUACUGAAGCAAAUUUGAGAGCUAUUGAAAGGCUUGGAGGAGUUCUUGUUGAAGAUGCCUACACAGAACUUGUGGAAUCAAGACUCACUCAUUUAAUUACUGACAAAUUGAGAAGAACGGUCAAGUUUCUUUGUGCCUUAGGAAGCUGUCCCAAUAUUGUCACCGUUGAUUGGCUUGAACAAAGCACCAAAUCCAAAUACUUUAUCGAUGAAGAUGGCUUUUACUUGCAUGACGAAGAAGGAGAGGAAAAAUUCAACAUUUCUUUAAUUGAGGUGUUGAAUAGAAGAGAUCGAGCACCACACAAACUCUUUCAUGGAAUGGCCUUUUUCCUUACCUCUAAUAUUCUUCCAAAGCCAGACGAAAUGAAACUCAUUAUUGAAUGUAACGGAGGCUCUGUCCUUUCAACUCUGAGUUCUCUCAAAUGUGAGUUGGGAAUGAAUAAGAAUGUAUUUGUAAUCACGUGCGAGAAAGAUAUCAAACAUUGUUCUUCAACCUUGUUGCCAAUAUUCGAAGAUUUUGGUUUAGACCAAGAACACUUUUUCAACACCGAGUUUGUGAUGGCCUCUGUCGUUCGCCAAGAAAUCCAAAAAAACGAAUUGACCCAAUUCGAUUGGCCGAAGCAAAAAGUCAAAUCCAAAAGGAAAUAA